AAAGCAGAAGAAAAAUUCGGGGAUUGUUUGACAGUCCAAUCGAAGGCGGUAUUUAUUUGUUGACCGUAGGGCUCAGCCACGCUCGCCAAAUCGCUCCUUCUUCCUCUCCUACUUCUUUCCCGCGUCUGCAACUCAGACCUAAAUUCCCUCUUCUCUGUAUUGCUACCACAUCACAGGAAUAUGAUUAAGCUAUUUAAAGUCAAGGAGAAGCAGAGAGAACUUGCUGAAAAUGCUAUUAAUGGGAUACCUACAAAGAAGCAAAGUGCUGGGGAGUUACGUCUUCACAAAGAUAUUAGUGAGCUGAAUCUACCGAAAUCAUGUAACAUAACCUUUCCCAAUGGCAAGGAUGACCUCAUGAACUUUGAGGUGUCAAUACGACCUGAUGAGGGAUAUUAUUUAGGAGGCACAUUUUUUUUCUCCUUUACAGUUUCCCCCAUCUAUCCGCAUGAAGCACCUAAAGUCAAAUGCAAGACAAAGGUUUACCAUCCGAACAUUGACUUGGAAGGAAAUGUGUGCCUCAACAUAUUGCGGGAGGAUUGGAAGCCUGUUCUCAAUAUUAACACUGUUAUUUAUGGACUCUACCAUCUGUUCACGGAACCAAAUGAUGAGGACCCACUGAAUCACGAUGCUGCUGCAGUUUUAAGGGACAAUCCCAAGUUGUUUGAAUCCAAUGUGAGAAGGGCUAUGGCUGGGGGUUACAUGGGGCAGACCUUUUUCUCACGUUGUAUGUAACACGCACUCUUCAUCCUUCCCGUUCAUCUUUUCCUGCGCUGUAUGUAGCUAGCUUUCGUCUCUUGGUACAUCAAGUGCUCGUUUAGAGAUAUCACCUACCCAAUGGACUUAGUGAUGUUAAUGUGUAACAUUUCUUAUUGUUAGUGUUAACAUGGUUAUAUUUUCCGCAAUAUUUUGGA